UAGAUUUAAAAAAAAAUUACUUAGGUUCGCUAGGAAGGAUCUCUACAUCAGGGCCUUCCUGAGAGGUCUACUGCUUUAAGAUGGCGGCUGUUUACAAACGCAUGUAGUCCUUAAAACAUGUUGGCAAUGCAGCAGUGUCUGUCAUCUGCAUCUAGUUCUAUAAUAUGAUAUCUACCGUGUCAUGUGGGUGUAGUUUGUCGGCUAUGGCUGCAGUCAGGUAUUAUUGGAGCCACCUAGCAUCGCGGUUGCAACGGCGUCUUCCCCACUCCUGCUCUGCUCUCGUUCCCAUGGACUACACUCUUCAGAAAUCUGAGUUCCUGUGAUGGAGUCCCUCCAACACUGGUUGAUGCGGAAACUAUUUUUGCAUUAUCAUCAGGGCAUGGCAAGUGCGGGGUUGCUGUGGUACGGAUCAGUGGACCCUCAUCUGCUACAGCCCUCAGCAGUAUGGCUGGCCUCACACGCAACCUGCCCAUUCCUCGUAAAGCAUUGUUAAGAAGCAUCACACAUCCCCAGUCCAAAGAAGUGCUGGACCGUGGGCUUGUUCUUUGGUUCCCAGCUCCUCACAGUUUCACAGGAGAGGACAGUGUCGAGUUUCACAUCCAUGGAGGUCCUGCUGUUACUGCUGCUGUCCUUCAGGCACUAGGAAGUGUGCCGGGCAUGAGGCCUGCUGAGUCUGGGGAGUUCACGCGAAGAGCCUUUCAAGCAGGCAAACUUGGCCUAACGGAGGUGGAGGGCCUUGGCGAUCUUAUCCACGCUGAGACUGAAGCUCAGAGGAGACAGGCAUUAAGACAAAUGUCAGGAGAACUUGGCCGUCUCUAUCAGAACUGGAGUCACAAACUGAAACGGUGUCUUGCCCAUGUUGAGGCCUUCAUAGACUUUAGUGAAGAUGAGCUGAUUGAAGAUGGAGUCUUAACCCGCGUGAAUGGAAUGGUGCAUCAUCUGCAAGCUGAAAUGGCGCAACACCUGCUUGAUGAGAGGAGAGGCGAGCGGCUACGUAGUGGUGUGCAGGUGGUCAUCGCGGGAGCUACCAAUGCUGGAAAAAGCAGCCUCCUCAACACGCUUUGCCAGAGACCUGCAGCCAUUGUGUCUCCCAUUGCUGGAACCACCAGGGAUGUGGUGGAGACUGCUCUGGAUAUCGGUGGCUUUCCCGUUCUCUUGAGUGACACAGCGGGCCUCAGAGACAGUUUGGACCUGGUAGAGAGAGAGGGCGUCCGUCGAGCUCGUGAAAGAAUUGAGCAAGCAGAUCUGACUCUGGUGGUUGUGGAUUGUUCUCAUAUCCCCACUGAGUUCCAGCAAGCUGCAACCUUCCUUCAGGACUAUCUCAGAAGUGUCGUGCUCACUCAGGAGCAGAUGCAAACAGUAUUACCAUCUGACAGGUUCCUUCUGGUCCUGAAUAAAGUGGACUUACUGCCUGAUGAACAUAGGCAAAUGCUGAAACAGAAAUUCGGGUGCAUCCCUGCACUCCCUCCUGUCUGUGUAAUAUCUUGUCACACUAAUGAGGGACUUCAACACUUCCUCACAACACUGCACAGCAGAGUCAAGUCUUUGUGUGGCGACCCUCUGUCUGGUGCCCCUACCCUGACCCAAGCACGCCACAGGGCCCACCUACAGCAAUGUGUUGCAGCACUGGAUCAGUACCAGCGAUACCGUGACUUUGACCUCGCUCUGGCGGCGGAGGGCAUUCGCUUAGCUCUCACCAGCCUGGGCCGGAUCACUGGCAAGGUCGGACCAGAGGAGAUCCUGGAUAUUAUCUUCAAAGACUUCUGCAUUGGCAAAUAGAUGCCUGGCCUGUGUCAUAAUAAUGAUAACAGUGUAAUGAUAACAAUAACCUGAAUAGAGAGCUGAGUUAUACGCUUUCAUGGCCACACAGUACGUCGGCGCUGUGCCAAACUUUGUGUCAUCCAGAAAACACAUCGUGUUCUUGGCUCCAAUAAGUUCCCAAGACACCAAAAUGUGUGUCACGGAUUUUGUUUUUGGCUUAACAGAUUGAAGAAGAAAUAUUUGACAUGUUGUCUCCCAAUCAUGUACGAUACACUUUGUACUAGAGCUGUCCCGACUAGUCGACAUAGUCGACGUCAUCGAUGACGUAAAUCCGUCGACGAGCACAACAUCCCGUCGACGGUUAAUGAAGGGUUAAAAAAAAUAUAUGCGUGGAAAGUUAGAAUGUCGGAUGCUCUGUUUGCAAGCGGGGAAAGCCGCACAAAGCCAAAAAAAGCGCACCAGAGUGUCCAAAACAUUGCCUUAUUUCAAAGAAACAAAGGAGAGUACACUCUUCUGUCCUGUCUCUUCAAUGCCAAGCUUGGCUGCACGUCGGCCGUGAAUAAACACCUCAAGCGCCUUCACGCAGUUUGUAUUUUUUUUUUUUUUUUUUUCAUUUUUUGUACACCAGAGGGUGCUGUCGCCUUACUAAAUAAUAAUGUUUCAUUGACAAUGGGCCUUAUAAGUGCUAUUAGUAUUGUUCUUAAUGCUAAUCGAAAGGUUUAUUUCAUGUUAUGGUUUAUUUUAUGGUAUAGAAAAUUAUAUAAGGUUAAAAGGUCAAAUAUAUACAGUAUAUACAGUGAUUGCACUCAAGGGAGAGAUUGUCAAUGAUAAGGUAAUAAAUUAAGGUAAAGGCAAUUCAUAUAGGCAAUUCAUUGAUAUAUAAAUAAGGUUUAAAAGGAAAAAGGUGAAAAGUUUUUGUUAAUUUCUAAUUGUGUUGCUUUAUUUGUGUGCACCGUAGCUCUUACAGUGUGUUUACAUCAAGGAUGGAAUAAAAGUUGUAAACCAUCAGUUUAAGAGACCAUCUUUGCAAUCGGGAUGCUACACUAGUUAAUUCUAUCAGCAUUUGAACUCAUUGUUUAUUUGUGAUUUAUUAUUGUUAUUUACGUGUUUAUUUGUACUUUAAUAAAUAAUUUGAGUGUUCCAAUAUGUUUUUUGUGAAUUGAUAAGUGUCAACAAAAAUUUCAUUGCUAAA